UGGAGCUGCUCUGCUGUGUGUUCCUACGGGGUGUUCAGCCUGGAGAAGAAAAGGCUCCGGGAGAGCUCAGUGCAGCCUGCCAGUGCUUGGAGGGAGAUCAUAGACAGGAGGGAGAGCGACAUCUGACGUGGGUCGAUAGCGAUAGGACAAAGGGGAAUGGCUUUAAACUGAAAGAGAGAAUUAGGUUGGAUGAGCAGCACGACCCAGGCAGCUGCAAAGGAAAUUCACAGAUGGAAUGCGUGCUGCAGUGUGGUGAAACUGUUUCCUGUUGAGAUGUUACGAGGGAAUGGGUGACACGGGAAAUAUCUGGUGUUCCUGUAGGAAUGAGAGUGAUGUGGAAGAGGAGGAAGAGAGAGUAGGUUAACGCUGGCUGCUGACCCCGGGAAGGCUUUGGGAAAUGGCCUCUCCGUUCGCUGGGCCCACAGCAGUGGCUGAUGUAAUUAAAGAUCUAGACACGCAGAUAGCUUUGAUCGGUUUGGGUCCCCACAACCCCAAGAAGAAGCAGGACCUCGACAAGCUUUAUGAUCUAAAAGCUAAAGCCCAACAGAUUAUGAACCAGUUUGGCCCAUCUACCUUGAUCAACCUCUCCAACUUCUCCUCCAUAAAGCCUGAACCUGCCAGCACUCCCCCUCAGAGCUCCAUGGCAAACAGCACAGCCGUGGCAAAGAUGCCUGGCACACCCAGUGGAGGAGGGCGGCUCAGUCCUGAAAGCAACCAGGUUCUAACCAAGAAGAAAUUGCAGGACCUGGUGCGUGAGGUGGAUCCAAAUGAACAGCUAGAUGAAGACGUGGAGGAAAUGCUGUUGCAAAUUGCUGAUGAUUUCAUAGAGAGUGUGGUGACAGCUGCCUGCCAGCUCGCACGGCACCGCAAGUCAAACACCCUGGAAGUGAAAGAUGUCCAGUUGCACCUUGAACGUCAGUGGAACAUGUGGAUCCCGGGCUUUGGUUCUGAAGAAAUCAGGCCCUACAAAAAAGCCUGCACUACAGAAGCUCACAAACAGAGAAUGGCACUGAUUCGCAAAACCACCAAGAAAUAACCCCUGGGAAGAGCUCGAGGUGACAGCGGUGCAUUUUGGGAUCUCUGCCUCUCACUGCAACCUCUGCAAUGCCAUCCGUGGGAUAUUUUUGUUAAUGCUUUACAGAGAAGCAUAUAUUUUUUAUUAAUGGUGCAGCAAUAUCUGACUUUAUGAGGAGAUCUGCCAAAAACAUUCUGUCCUCGUUCCCCCGUAAGAGCGCAGCGUAUCUCAAAGCAAAGACUUUUAUUUGUGACUUGAAAGUGGUUUAUCGUAUAAGUGAUUAUCCGAGGGACAGAGCAUUUGAUCGUGUGUGUGGGACAGUAUUAGAAGCAUCUGUAGAGGUUUUUGUUUCCUCCUUCCUGCCCCUCCCCGCUCCAGUACUUUGUAAUGUCAGUGUUUAUAUAAAUACUUGCGUUUGUUUUACAUGAAUAAAGAAAUUAUUAAUCUAAAACCAA